AUGGAUGAGAGAAACCAGAGUGCUGGAAUCACCUUCGUCCUCUUGGGCUUCUCAGAAUACCCAUACCUCCAGGUGCUGUUCUUCUUGGUCUUCUUGGCCAUCUAUACAGUUUCUGUGGUGGGUAACCUGGGUAUGAUUGUAAUCAUCAGAAUCAAUCCCAAACUUCACAUCCCCAUGUACUUUUUUCUCAGCCAUCUCUCCUUUGUUGAUUUCUGUUACUCUUCUGUACUUACACACGUACUAUUAGAGAUCUUGGUUGUGGACAUAAGGACUAUCUCCUAUGUGGGUUGCAUGAUGCAAUUUUUCUUUGGCUGCACACUUGCGAUUACAGAAAUGUUCAUGUUAGCAGUGAUGGCCUGUGACCGGUUUGUGGCUGUUUGUAACCCCCUGCUCUACAUAGUUGCUGUGUCUCCUAAGCUCUGUACCCUCCUGGUAGCUGGAACCUACUCAUGGGGUGGAAUAUGUUCCUUGACAAUCACAUAUUCUCUUUUGGAGCUACCCUUCUGUGGUUCUAAACUCAUACAUCACUUUGGCUGUGAGUAUUCUGCCAUCAUCUCUGCCUCCUGUUCUGAUCCCUACUUCAGGCAGAUGACAUGUUUCAUCAUUUCUACACUCAAUGAGGCAUGUAGCCUCCUGAUUAUUCUCACCUCCUAUGUUUUCAUAAUUGUCACAAUCAUCAAGAUGUCUUCUGCUGAUGGACUCCGAAAAGCCUUCUCCGCCUGUGCUUCCCGCCUGACUGCCGUCAUCAUUUUCCAUGGGACCAUCCUUUUUCUCUACUGUGUGCCCACCUCCAAAAGCUCACGACUCUUCAUCAAAGUAGCCACUGUGUCUUACACACUUGUGAUCCCUAUGCUAAAGCCCCUUAUCUACAGUCUUAGAAAUAAUGAUGUGAAGGAGACAGAAAGUUAA